GUGUUUUGGACAGGGGGAGGUCAUUAGAAAGUGAGCAGUGAGCUCGGCCAGGCUGUUGGGGCGCAGAGAGACUCGGUACCAGCGUAUCUCUGAUGCCGGUUGGAGGCAAAUACAUUAUUUAACCGCUCCGUGUAGUGUUACAACCGCUGCGACAUGCUUCGUCUAAUCCUGCGGCUCAGGCCUGCCUCCAGGCUCCCCUGUCCCCGUGCCCUCCCGACCGGGCCUGCUGCGCUCGGCUCCCGCUCCAUACGCGGAACCGGUGGCGUGAGGCGGCUGCACUGCGGAGCCGGGUCUCGGGCCGUGUCUCUGGGCUCAGGCUUCAGUCACAGAGCGACUCUCCUGCGGUGUUCCCAGCUUGCAGGCGGCUGUCAGAGCAAGCGUUUCUACAGCCUGCCGCCGCACCAGAAGGUGGAGCUUCCUGCACUGUCACCCACCAUGCAGACGGGAACGAUCGCUCGCUGGGAGAAGAAGGAGGGAGAUAAAAUUGCUGAGGGUGAUCUCAUAGCUGAGGUAGAGACGGACAAGGCCACUGUAGGUUUUGAGAUGUUGGAAGAGUGCUAUCUGGCAAAGAUUCUGGUUGCUGAAGGGACCAGAGAUGUCAACGUUGGAGCAGUUAUCUGCAUCACAGUUGACAACCCCGACUUGAUCUCUGCCUUUAAGGAUGUAACGCUGGACUCAAUCAAAUCAGCUGGAUCCGCUCCUUCACCUGCCGCCUCUGCUGCUGCUCCUCCUCCUCCUCCUGCUGCUGCUGCUGCUCCUCCUGCAGCCCCAGGCAGCUCUUACCCAACACACAUGAAGAUCACACUUCCUGCUCUAUCUCCCACGAUGACGAUGGGAACAGUACAGCGCUGGGAGAAGAAGGUUGGAGAGAAGCUCAGUGAAGGAGAUCUGCUGGCUGAGAUUGAAACUGACAAGGCCACCAUCGGCUUUGAGGUCCAGGAAGAAGGAUAUUUGGCUAAAAUUAUGGUGGCAGAGGGAACUCGGGAUGUUCCCCUUGGAACGCCACUCUGCAUCAUUGUGGAGAAGGAAAGCGACAUUGCUGCCUUCAAGGACUAUGUAGAGACUGGGGUGGUUGACGUUGCCGCACCACCUCCAGCUCCAGCACCGGUUGCAGCUCCAGCUGCUGCAGCCCCCAGUCCUGCUCCAGCAGCUGCUGCCCCAGCGGCGCCCAGGAAGGGCCGUGUGUUCGCCAGCCCUCUUGCCAAGAAACUCGCUGCUGACAAAGGCAUUGACCUGGCGCAGGUCAGCGGCUCUGGUCCUGAUGGACGCAUCACCCGGAAAGAUAUCGAUAGCUUUGUUCCUCCAAAGGCUGCACCUGCUGUAGCUGCUGCUCCCACUCCAGCUGCUGCUCCAUCUGCUCCUACACCUGCUGCAGCACCAGCUGGGACCUUCACUGACAUCCCUAUCAGCAACAUCCGCAAGGUCAUCGCUCAGAGGUUGAUGCAGUCCAAGCAAACCAUCCCUCACUAUUACUUAUCUGUAGAUGUCAACAUGGACCAAGUGCUUGAGCUUAGAAAAGAGCUCAAUGUGGAGGUGAAAGCCCAGAAUAUCAAACUUAGUGUGAAUGACUUCAUCAUCAAAGCCAGCGCUCUGGCCUGCCUCAAGGUUCCUGAGUGCAACUCCUCUUGGAUGGACACGGUCAUUCGCCAGAAUCAUGUGGUGGAUGUGAGCGUAGCAGUGAGCACAGCCAACGGUCUCAUCACGCCCAUAGUGUUUAACGCCCACACCAAAGGACUGGCUGCCAUCAGCGCCGAUGUGUCCUCUCUCGCUGCCAAAGCCAGAGACGGCAAACUGCAGCCUCAUGAGUUCCAGGGAGGUACGUUCACAAUCUCUAAUUUGGGGAUGUUUGGCGUCAAGAACUUCUCAGCGAUUAUCAACCCUCCUCAGUCCUGCAUCCUCGCUGUCGGAGGCUCAGAGAAACGGCUGAUGCCCGCUGACAAUGAGAAAGGGUUCGACGUGGCCAGCAUGAUGUCGGUGACGCUGAGCUGCGACCACCGGGUGGUGGACGGGGCGGUCGGCGCGCAGUGGCUCGCAGAGUUCCGCAAGUUCCUGGAGAAACCCGUCACUAUGCUGUUGUGAUCAGACUGUACUGCCAUUAAACUGCAGCGACGGGCAGAGGCCUCUCACUGAAGUGAUCUGAUUGGUCUAAUCUGAUAUGGAUCCUCCUGUGAUUGGCUGAGCUGCCAACAGGUCACUCCCAGUUACCCUGAAGGAGAAGAGGCAGAACUCACUCCGCUUACAUGUCUGUCUCGCUGCCUCUCCUGUCUCUCUUUCUUUCCUCUCGCUCUGUCUCACUCAUACUAUUUAUUGUGGCCCCCCAUCUCACGAGAGACCGGAAUUAGGUAUUUACCCUAGAAUAGAUUGGCAAUGUGUCACUAAAACAACGAUAACGCUUUACAAAGGGAAGUGUUACAUGUCAAACCAGCGGGCACAUGUAUCCCACAAUUUGUGUGUGUGUAUUUCUACACACUUCUAUCUGUGAAUUUGAUAAAGAAGACGGGAGGUGCUGCUGUUUGUGGUCUUUUAAGUAAGUGGUUGUGAUUUUUGCUCGCUUACAAGACAGAAUGAAGGAGCUAAAUGUACGUUAAUGUUGAGAUGCACACAGUUCAGAUUUACACACACACACACGCCUCCCUGUUCAGUGGCCACACACAAAAUGGAAAUAUUUAGCGUGUUUUCUGUGGAUUGAUGCUACAGUGUGUAUAUUCUUCACUGUGAAUGGACACAGUGCUGUACAUAUUUAUGGUGGUGAGCUGUUUGGUUAAAGUAACCAAGCUCCGGGUCGACCUCACCAUGAAAUUUAAUAACUGUAUAGUCCUGAUUGAUUACAGACGCUCUUAAAAGGAAAUACUGAAUGGUUUUGCCAAUUCUCUCUUCAGUGGGGAUGUUUUAUUUUCUAGUCUUGGGAAUAUUCUGUAUCUCACAGCUGAAACGCACAAAGCUGGUGUUGGAUGUCAUUACAAUAAAUUGGGAGAAGUCAACCUUGUGCCAUAGGCUCUUUGGUUUUAGUUUUUAAAAGUUAAAUUUACUGUGUGUUUCUACAUGAGUGCAAUUAAGAAAAGAAACUUGAUUUGUGAUCACAAAACAUCUAAAACAUUUGGGACAUUUCUAAACUACUAACCUGCUUUACCUUUUUUUUUUUUUUUUUUUAAAUGUUAUUACUGCUUACCAAACAGAUAACAUAAGUGCUAAACCUUCAGUCAGCCUCCUUGUACAUCUCUUUUUCCAGUAUCUCAGUCAGCUGUCACUGCUGAUUCAUGCAGACCCACACACAAUAAACAAAAAAAUCCACAGCACCUGAAAA